CACUCCCUCAUAUCCCCACUCUCGGAUGCUGUGCUGCGCGCCAGCUUACGGGUGUAUAAAAUAGUGACGCCGGACAAGAGCCGACUACUUUGCCACGGUUAGGUCAGCAAUAUUCGUUUCGACCUUUUUCUGAAGAGGCACGAUGGGUGUGUACCUAGACGGAUGGCUGGAGGAGCUGGUGAUCGCCCUAUCGGCUGUGCUGCUGGUAAUCUAUGUGCGCUUCCAGUGGGGGUACCAGUACUGGAAGAAGAAGGGCGUCCAAUACGUGGAGCCGUCUGUCCCAUUCGGCAACGUGGGAAAGAGCAUUCUGGGCCUGGAGAACUAUGGAAACCUACUCCGUGAUCUGUACGAGAAGGCAAAAGGCAAACGGUUCGUUGGGCUCUACUCGAUUCUCCACCCUGUGCUCCUCGUUCGGGAUCCUGAACUUGUUCGCCAGAUUCUGAUAAAAGACUUCGGAUCAUUUCACGAGCGAGGUCUUUACUUAGACUACGAGGAGCCGCUCAACAGGCAGCUGUUCUUCCUACCGUCUUCUGAAUGGCGCCAUCGCAGGGUCAAACUGACGCCCGCAUUCACCUCUGGCAAACUGAAAGGGAUGUUCCAGACGAUCCAGCAAUGCGGCCGAGAGCUGGCAGAAGUGGCGACGGAGUUCGCAAGUCGUGGAAGCUCUGUCGAGAUUCGUGAGAUGGUGGCGCGCUACAGCACUGACGUCAUCGUCUCGGUGGGCUUCGGCCUUGAGUCGGACUGCCAGCGCAAUCCGGACGCUGUCUUCCGCGGCUGGGGCCGCAGGGUGUUCGCGCCCGAUCUGAAGUCCAGCUUCGGCUUCAGGCUGAACUUCAUCUCCCCACUGCUGGCGGACUUACUGAGGAUCAAGGGUAGCUUCACAGAAGUCAGCAGCUUCUUUCGGAAAAUGAUUGCAGACAAUGUAGAAUAUAGGGAGAAGAACAAUGUGACCAAGAAGGAUUUUAUAGAUCUACUCAUGCAACUGAAAAAUAAAGGAUUCGUCGAAGGAGACAAGAUGGAAAAUGGAAAGAAUACGGAGAAAACCUAUUUCUCAGUGGAAGACCUGGCGGCAGAGUCUUUUGGGUUCUUCAUCGCUGGCUUCGAGACUUCGAGUACCACAAUUAGCUCCAGCCUAUACGAACUGGCGCUGCACGAGGAUAUACAAAACGAGCUGCAGCACGAGAUAGAUUCUGUACUGAUGCGACACGAUGGCAACAUCACGUACGACGCCAUAACAGAGAUGUCCUACCUGGACAAAGUUGUGUCUGAGACACUCAGAAAGUACCCGCCGCUGCCUUUCCUGAAUCGCGACUGCACGGAACCCUACAAGAUUCCGGACAGCGACGUCGUCGUGGACAAAGGAACAGGAAUCGUCAUCAGCCUCUUUGGACUUCACUACGACCCGGAGCACUUCCCUGAUCCGGAGCGCUACGACCCCGAGAGGUUCUCAGAAGAGAUAAAGGCCAAGAGGCACCCAUACGUGUACCUGCCUUUUGGGGAUGGACUUCACUCCUGCAUAGGUAUGCGACUCGGUUUAUUGCAGAGCAAAGUGGGUCUUGUCAACAUUCUGUCCAAGUGCAGCAUACGGCCUACUGAGAAUACUACCAGGCAUAUCACCUACAACACCAGAAGUAUACUGCUCUUGCCCACAAAGGAAAUCGAGCUGAGAUUUGUGAAACGAAGCUAGAAGACUCAUUAUGUUUCAAACAAAAAAUAAGGAGCAAGUUUGAAAACUGUAUCUCUCUGAAUCACCUGACUACUCUGCAGCAGGGGUUACUGUUUGUUUUAUUUUGUAAUAAUAAAAUAUAAUAACUAUAAAGCAAA